GAGGGGCGUGAAGGGGUGCCCGGAGACUCGGACAGCGCCGGGCCCUAUCGCAGGCCUCCUUCGCUCCCCCGGCCGGCUGGAAGUCUACCAGGAAGGGCGUGGAAAGGAGCGGGAGCAAAGGGGAAGCGGGUCACGAGUCAAAGCGGCCGAAGUGGGGAGGAUGCCGCCGGCCGCAACUCGCGGCCGCGGGGAUCGGGUUGGACCGGGUUGAGCCCAGUCUCAGAGACUUCUGGAGCUGGAGGCCGAGCUGCCGCGCCCCCUGCCGCUGAGAGGACCCGGCGCCCCUCACCCCCAACCCCUGGCAGCCCCGCGGCCGCUGCCCAGGAGCCGCAGAGAUGGCAAGUCCUGUGGUUGUUAUAAGUAGCUGCAGCUCUCAUGAAGAGGAAAAUCGUGGCACUUUUAACCAGCACACAUCGCCCUCUGAGGAGCUUCUGUUAGAAGACCAGAUGAGGCGAAAACUCAAAUUUUUUUUCAUGAAUCCUUGUGAGAAGUUCUGGGCUCGAGGCAGAAAACCAUGGAAGCUUGCCAUACAAAUUCUAAAAAUUGCAGUGGUGACUAUACAGCUGGUCUUUUUUGGGCUAAGUAACCAGAUGGUUGUAGCUUUCAAGGAAGAGAACACUAUAGCAUUCAAACACCUCUUCUUAAAAGGAUAUAUGGACCGAAUGGAUGACACGUACGCAGUGUACACACAAAGUGACGUAUACCAUCAGAUCAUCUUUGCAGUGAACCAGUACUUGCAGCUCCGCAAUACCUCGGUUGGGAAUCACGCUUACGAGAAGAAGGGUACAGAGCAGUCUGCCAUGGCAAUCUGUCAGCGCUUCUACAGGCAAGGAAACAUCUGUCCUGGAAAUGAUACCUUUGACAUUGAUCCAGAAAUUGAAACUGAAUGUUUCUUUGUAGAGCCAGAUAAACCUUUUCACAUGGGAGCACUGGAAGAAAAUAAACUCAACUUAACUCUGGACUUUCAUAGACUCCUAACAGUGGAGCUGCAGUUUAAACUGAAGGCCAUUAAUUUGCAGACCAUUCGUCAUCAUGAGCUCCCUGACUGUUAUGACUUUUCUCUGACUAUAACAUUUGACAAUAAGGCCCAUAGUGGAAGAAUUAAGAUAAGUUUAGAUAAUGACAUUUCCAUCAGAGAAUGUAAAGACUGGCAUGUAUCUGGAUCAAUUCAGAAGAACACUCACUACAUGAUGAUCUUCGAUGCCUUGGUUAUCCUGAUCUGCCUGGCCUCACUAAUCCUGUGCCUUCGAUCUGUGGUUAGAGGACUUCAGCUUCAGCAGGAAUUUGUCAAUUUCUUCCUCCUCCAUUAUAAGAAGGAAGUUUCUGUUUCUGAUCGAAUGGAAUUUGUCAACGGAUGGUACAUUAUGAUUAUUAUUAGUGACAUAUUGACAAUUAUUGGAUCAAUUCUGAAAAUGGAAAUUCAAGCUAAGAGUCUAACAAGUUAUGAUGUCUGUAGCAUACUUCUUGGGACUUCCACCAUGCUCGUGUGGCUUGGAGUCAUCCGAUACCUCGGCUUCUUUCAGAAGUACAAUCUCCUCAUUCUGACCCUGCAGGCAGCGCUGCCCAAUGUCAUCAGGUUCUGUUGCUGCGCCGCUAUGAUUUACUUAGGCUACUGCUUCUGCGGAUGGAUUGUGCUGGGGCCAUACCAUGAUAAGUUCCGUUCUCUCAACAUGGUCUCUGAGUGCCUUUUCUCUCUGAUAAAUGGAGAUGAUAUGUUUGCCACGUUUGCAAAAAUGCAACAAAAAAGUUACUUGGUCUGGCUGUUUAGCAGAAUUUACCUCUACUCAUUCAUCAGCCUCUUUAUAUAUAUGAUUUUAAGUCUUUUCAUUGCACUGAUCACUGAUACAUAUGAAACAAUUAAGCAUUACCAACAAGAUGGAUUUCCAGAGACUGAACUUCGUACAUUUAUAUCAGAAUGCAAAGAUCUACCCAAUUCUGGAAAAUACAGAUUAGAAGAUGACACUCCAGUAUCUAUAUUCUGCUGUUGUAAAAAGUAGCUAUCAGGCUAAUCUGUGCCCUGGAGGGAAAUAUAAUGUGUAGCUGAGUUGGGAAACUGUAUGGAUAUUUUAAGAUCAAGUGUCAUAGGUUUAAAGACUAUUACUUUGAGCAAACUUGUAAUUCAUCAAGAACUAUUUAUAUUUUUAAAAGAAAUAUUUAAUGUCUUUUGCAGCUUUGUGUUGGGUUUGUGUGUGGUUUUUUUUAAACUAACUUUGAUGAGAGAAGAUAUUGGGUUCUUGUUAUUUCUUGUUUAUUUUGCCAUAGCUUUAAAAUGUAGUCUCCAUCCCCUCUUUAGCUCUUAACCCCUUACUUCCAGCUCCUCUGACUUGGUUGAUUGUAUCAUGAGUGGAGAACAAUGCCUGGUCGGAGUUCACACAACUCACUCACCCUGGUCUUGACCACUCUCUUGAGAUUCACCCCUGAGAGAGAGGGGAUAUGGUUGCUGUAAAUCAGUAAUCAUUGUAUUUUAAAAUCUUGUCUUAAAGGACAGAGUAAUAAAGAGACAACUGUCACCAGCAAACAGUCUAAAAUUUGGUUCUGAAGGACAACUGUUAUGUGAUGCUGCUUUUAGUUCUGGAAAGGAUGAGGUUUUCUUAGUAUUCAUGUAUAAGUUUUUUCUCCUUCAGUGUUAAAGUACAGAGUUGAAAGAGUAUCCUCUAUAAAGUGCACACUUUAUCCAUCCUGCAAAGAUUAACUUACUGCUUGUGUGGACUUGCACAAACUCUGUGAUGUACUGUGCCCUUCACGGGCACGUUAGGUCUCAUGGAAGGGAGUGUUUCAGUGUCAGGAACUGCAGUUUCAGGGGGAGAGGUUCUAAAACUCACAUUAAAUAUAUUUUGAAAAACAUCCUGAAAACGUAAAAAUAAGUAGGAGAUGUCUGCCUUAAAAAGACACAGAAACAAAGUCUCCACUCCUUGUAUACUGCUGAUUGAAAUUUUGGGGAUUUUUCCAGUAUGCAUCUUUGUUUUGUGUGCUAUUUAUUCAGAUAGAAAUGAAUUCAAUGAUGUACAAUAAAGGUUUUCUCAAAGCACCUUUUUUUUUUGUAAUGGAAACCGAUUUGUUAAUUUUUAAUUUUGUUUUAUGGGUUAAAUGCAUAUUACCUUGAGAUACUGAAGUCUUACUAUUUAACAUAAUGACAAUCAUAAUAAUGACUCCAGGUGUUGAAAUGUGAGGUUUUACAAUGAGUAUAAGCUAUUCUUCCAGGACUUAUGGCCUUUAAAAAAUGGAAAAUCUAGGUCUCUGGAUCCCCUGGUGUUUUAUUUGCACAUUGAAAUUUGAGAUACUUGGAGUUCCCCACUGCAACUAUUUCUCCCUCUACAGUGUUUGAUAAGGAUUCACUUCCUGUUUUAAAAAAAAUAAUACCUUUAUAAAAAUUAAAAACAAUACCUUUAUACCUGUCAAUACUGUAUCUAUCACCAAUUACAGGUAUUUAGGUCCAUGUAUCUCUUCUCCACUUGGUGAGACUAAGGAAACUUCUCCAGAUCAGGAAAGCCAUUCAAGGGCAGUAACUGUUAAUUAUGUCUCCAUCAGUGUGGCAGUGUGGUGAGAAUAAAGGCUUUGGAAACUCAAAGUCCUGAAUAGAAACCUUGGAUCUACUGCAAAUUGUGUGGGUGACCUCAGGGCAGUAACUUAAGCCUCUCGGAACCCAUUUUCCUCAUUUCAAAAGGAGAGGAUAGGACACAGAGUGCUGAGUGUUCUGUGAGAUAACAUGUAAAUCAAGCUUCAUAACCGGUGGGUGCUCAGGGUUACUCUGGUCCCUUGAAGCACACAGACCUUGCACAUGGUGAAUGUCCGUAAUAAAUGCACUGUUAGGGGUGCGUGGGUUGGCUAAGCCUCUGCCUUUGGCUCAGGUCAUGGUCUAAGGG